AUGGGCCGAACCAAGAACAAGUCGCGGACAAAAAACAACACCAAGACCAUCGCUACCGGAGCUACAGCGCCCGUCGUCCCCGCCGAGGCUCCGACGGUAGACGCCGUGAUCGCCCAAGUCCAAGCCCUUCUCGUGCAGGCCGCGACCUCGAUCGCACACCAGGAAUAUCCCUCCGCACGUUCGACAUGUUCGACGGCUAUUGAUCUUUGUCAGACCAUCCAGGCUGAGGGGGAUCUUGCGGCGGGGCAGCUGUUGAGGGAUGCUUUCGAGAUUCUUGGAACGGUCGAGGUGGAGUUGGGCGAGGUGCAGGUCGCUAGACAGGUACGUAUGAAUUCGUAAUGGUAUCCUCAAUUGAGAGGAGCGCUCACCCUGCAUGUUCGGUUACGCCCGCUUGCUCCCCAACAGCACUUUCUAUCCUCGCUCUCCUUGUCGAAAACGUUGCCGAACCCAUCUCCGGCGCCUCAUCUAUACCUCGCCCAGCUAUCAUCCCCACAAGACUCGCUUCAACACUUCAACCAAGCCCUCGAGAUCAUUCAGGCCAAACUUGUCAAGUUGGAAACACCAAGACCGGAAGCGACGACGGACGAGGACGUCGAGGAGGAGAGGAGCGAGCUGAAGCGCAGUGCUUCAAAGGCUUUGGUCGGCAUGACCGAGUUGUACUUGACGGAUCUAUGGUAUGUCCCGAAACUCGGAUACUCGAAGUCUAUUUUUGGUGCUUUCCCUUCGCACGCCCUGAGGAUUGAAGGCUUGAAGCUUCUCAUCCGACGAAAUUCACCGAGCUGACCCCAACUCCACAUCAUAGCUUCGAAUCCGACGCCGAAGCAAGAUGUGAACAGUACCUCGCUCAAGCCGCACAAAUCGACUCCACAGAUCCAGAGGUGUUCCAAGUCAGUCCUCAUAUCUAUCUGUGGCUACAAUCCUGCUCUUAGGUUGAGUUACUACUGUCCUCUCCCCGACCUCUCCCCACCAGACCCUCGCCUCCGUGCGCCUCUCCCAACAACGACCCCUCGACGCCUCCGAAGCAGCGACCCAAUCCUGGUCGCUCUGGCGCAACCUCGAUGCCGAAUCGCCUUCAUACCCCCCUUCUUCAUCCCGACUAGCCCUGGCCCAACUCCUCUUGGAACUGCAGCGUUUCAGCGAUGCGUUAGAGGUUUUGCAGCGGUUGGAGAUGGAGGAUGACGAGGAUCCCGAAGUGUGGUAUCUGAGUGGGUGGAGUUGGUGGUUAUUGGGUUCUUCGAGGGAAGAGGGUGCGAACAAGGGUGAUGGUGCGGUGGGGACAAUAGAAGGGGAGGAAGCGGUGGAGAGUAAAGAGGAGUGUUGGAGUGAGGCGAGAUUGUGCAUGGAGAAUUAUUUGAAGGUCAGUCUCUCUCGGGCUUUCUGUCGGGUAUCGGGGAAGUCUUAUUAAAGCUCAAGCUCGCUCCGCUCUAUAAACCUCGCUCAGUUAGACGAAAGGGAUCCAGCAGGCUCGGAUCCCGAGCAGUUGAAGCAUGUAAAGGAGUUGUUGGCCCAACUUAUCCAAAGCGGGAUCGUCGCGAGCGCAGGACAAGAGGAGGAAGGCAACGAGUGGGUCGAUGACGAUGAUGAUGAUGCUAUGGAGGAGUAG